AUGGCGCUUGCAAGCUGUACGUGCAAAAUCCGCAAGGAAUUGCAAGCCUCACCCCCUCUUUUUCUAACCUUUGUCUCUGCAGAGGUGGGCUACAGUCGUCGGCUGCAGGAGUGCGGGGUUCACGGGCGGCCUCGGAACCCACCGGGCGCCCAACUUGGCCCUACGGUGGCUUCGCUCCGGGCGCACCGCUGCCGCCUCCGGAGCCGGUGGGGAGCCCGGAGGGCGGGAGAGCCCGGAAGAAGCCUCAGGCGCCGAGGCCCCCGCUGGCGCCGACACCGCCCGCCAGGAGCAGCCGGCCUGCUCCGGGUGACCGCAACCGCGCGGUUCCGACGCAGCUCGUUCUCCAGCAUGAGCGGGUCCCUGCCGCCCAGAGUGCGUGCAGCCAGGCAGCGCCUAAAGGAUUACAGCAGCCGCCCCGGCCGACCCCCCGCCUCGAGCUCGGCAGUCUCCGGGUUCAGGACCACGAGAGACCGCCGCUGUAAGUACCUUCCCGUUUCUUCCGAAUCGCGAGGAGGCGGUAUUGAUAGCGGGGGAGGUGGUGGGCAAGGGCCGCACCAGGGGAGGGGGCGGGUGGAAGAACGGCCCGGCCUCCCCCGGCCUGGCGCUUGCAGGGGAGCUCGCUUUGGAGGUGGUGGCUCUAAGUUGAGUUCCUGGAAAGAUUUGUGGGGCCUAGUUCACAGUCACCUAACUAAGGAAAUGUGCCGCGGGCUCUCGCCCUUGUCUUCUUGAGCUUCCCUGGACCUUCUGGGCUUUCCCAGGUCUUCCCAGCUCGCACAGGUGCAGCUCUGCCACGGAGUACGCUUCUGUUAAGAGCUUGCAGCUAAUUAGCAGCCCGCCCUAUUAACAAGUUGCGGCGAGUAUUGCCUUCUGCUAGGACCAACCUGCGAAACACCAAGACGACGCGAUCUCCCCCCCGCAGGCCA